AUGGGAGAGACAGGUUCGGCAGUAGGCUCGGCAUGGGUCAAUGCAGGUUCGGCAAGGGAACCAGCAGGCUGGGUGAAGGCUAGGGGAAGCACAGUGGCAGCAGCAACGGCUGUCUCAUUGGCUGGGGACGGAUCGAAUCUGUACAGUGACGUAUCAAAUCUGGGCGAGCCCAUCAUUGACCAAGACGUGUUGACUCAGCAGCAGGAGGAGGAGUUGGAGGAGCAGGGGAGGGGCGGAGCAGCAGCAGCAGGGAAGAAGGGUGCAGUUGACAUUAAAGGAAGAGAAGCGGAGGAAGCAGGGAGGGAGGGUGUGCAGUCGCUGAUGGGCAUGGAGGGCACGUGGCAGCUCCUCGUGUCGCCAGCUGGCGGCCGAUUCGUGGAGUCGUUCGUCGGGCGGCACAUCUGGAGCGUAUCGGGUUUCGCUGGCCAAUCAGACACCAGCGAAUCUGAUACCGAACCUAGUGUUGCAUCAAGUAUCUCCUCUGAUAUCUUAUCUGAUAGCUCGUCUGAUAGCUUAUCAGAUGCCGGAUUUGACAACCCAGUUUGCCGCCCGGAAAUCCAAUCUACGGUGUGGGACGUGGAUACGGCCGGGCGGGUAUCUUCGUUGGAUCUGGACGACCACGAGGUGUAUCUGCUCUCCGUGUGGCUGCGUUCGUCUCUUUGGCUGCUGCCGCCCGUCGCCAGCUCAGCACUUGAUAUAAGAGCAGUGGGCGGCGAAGAGGAGAUAGGGGAAAGUGGAUCGGUUGAUGGCAUUCCGAAUGGCAUGAGGAUGGAGAUUGAUGCACACGUGGCAGCUGAUGAUAGGGUCAUCUUGGCGAUCAACCUGAUUGGUCGAGAGGUCAUCAUGUAUGUGGCGGUGCAUCGCUCUGAUUGGCUGCCGCGGGUGGCAGUGGUUAAGGCAUAUGGGGCUCUCGAGACCUUCACCUUCACCCAAUGGGCGCCAGUAGCGCCUGACUGCCCGUUCCUGCUGCCCGCUGCAGUGCACCGGUCAACUUCAGCAGGCGCACAUCAGUCUUUUACAGCUGCCCGAACCUCCUUCCUGCCGCCCGGCCCUGCCCAUAUCCUGCUACAUGAGAAGGAAGCUUCCGAUUCUGAAUCCAAGGAAGCUUCUGAGGAUCCUUCGUCCCUCUCGUUUUCAUACGACAUGCCGGGGUCUCAAACCGUCCCCAGCCCGCUGAGCUGCUUCCCGGAAGCUUCCUUUGACGAGAGCGCACCGGACGAGGUUGAGCUGUUUCAGUCCAACAGCGGGCAUCUGCUGGUGCGACCGCGAAUCAACGGUCAGGAUGUGGGCUACUUCAUUCUGGAUUCAGGCGCAAGCUGCUUCACCAUCGAACCAGCUGUAGCGGACGGGCUAGGCCUGUCCAGCUUUGGGUGUGUGCACACGGUGACAGUGCACGGGCCGGCAGAGUGUGCGUUCAGACGGGCAGACUCGGUGCAACUGGGACCGCUUUCCAUCAGCAAUGCAUUGUUCGUUGAUGUGGGCGGAGCAGCGCUGGUGCAGGGAGUGAAGCCGGUGGUGGGAAUUUGUGGUUACGACGUGUUUCGGCAUGCGGUCGUGCACGUGCAGGCGCGCGGCAGGAAGGGAACCCUCCGGCUGUACAAACCACAAGAAACACAGGACACAUCAAAAGCAGGCAGCACAUUAACAGGAAAUGGCACAGAGGAUGGCACAGAGGAAUUGGUCCGAGGCGAGACAAGGGACGUGCAAUCUGCUGCUCUUGGUCUUGCGGAUGGGUCAGCAAGUAGUGGUCCUGUGCCUCCUGGUGUUGCCAUGGCGCAAAGACGGAAAAAGGGAGGCGGGGCUGGAGGAGGGGGAGGGACAGCGGGUGGGUUGUCAGGAGGCAGGGUGGCGGUGGUGUCUGCUGCUCUGGCUGGAGGUCAUCCAUCCGUGCCUGAUCUCGGGGAAAAUAUCUACUGGGAGCCUCUGCGAAUGCUGGGCAGCGUGCCUCACAUCGCCAUCUCCUUUCAAGAGCACUGGGACUCCCCUCCCCACUCCGGCCUCUUCCUUCUCGACACGGGAGCAGCAGGGGUGGACAUUAUAUUCAACGCGCGGGCAGUGGAGCGGUGUCAGCUGGGGAGGAGGGCCAAAGGGGGCGACAGCUGGCUUAAGGGCAUGGGGGGCGCAGGGGGAGGGGGAGGAGGACAGCAAAUGACGGGCAACUUAGCAGUGGUGACAGUAGCACCGCAGCAGCUCAAGAACUUGUUAGUGUUUUUCUCCUCACUUGUUCUUCCUCACCCACUGCUUUUCUCAUUCUCCCUACUGCUCCUUCCUGCUCCUCCCCCUCCCCAAAAUGUACGGCAGGGCAACUUAGCAGUGGUGACAGUAGCAGGGCAGCAGCUCAAGAAAGUGUCAGCGCUGUUCUCCUGA